UAAAUUAUUGUUCUUAUUUAUACUUCAUUGAUUACAUGGCAGUCACCCAUAUUUUCUUCAAAAACCAGCAUACACCAACCAGCCUAGCACCCCCCCCCCCCCCCCCCAAUUCAGCCAUGGAAUGACGAGAAGGACGGCAGCUUGAAAGCAUUCGUGCACAACCCCAUUUUGAUUCGUUCAGCUGAACGUAAACCCAGUUGCUUCGUUCUCAUUUCCAUUUCAAAUUUGCGGAGAACAUGGAACGUGCAAGGCGGUUGGCGAACCGGGCAAUCCUCAGACGCCUGGUUUCCGAAUCGAAGCAAUACCGGCACGACGAAUCUUUGUUAAGCUCUUCGUCACCUGUAAUAUUCACCCCUUCGAGGUAUGUCUCGUCAUUGGUUCCUCAUGGUUCAAUGUCCAGGAGUUCUAGAUCAGAUAUGUUGGUGGGUAGGCACGUCUCAUCCAGUGGUACUAGUUAUGGUGGUGUUGGGUCUCAAGCUAGAUCAAUUUCUGUUGAGGCAUUGAAACCGAAUGACACCUUCCCUCGCCGCCACAAUUCAGCGACACCCGAGGAGAAAGCGAAAAUGGCAGAGUUCUGUGGGUUCAAUAAUGUUGAUUCUCUCAUUGAUGCUACUGUGCCUAAAUCGAUCCGUUUGGAUUCAAUGACGUUUUCUAAGUUUGAUGAAGGGCUUACCGAGAGUCAAAUGAUUGCGCACAUGAAGAAUUUGGAGUCGAAAAAUAAAAUUUUUAAGUCAUAUAUUGGGAUGGGGUACUAUAACACCUUUGUUCCUCCUGUUAUAUUGAGGAACAUUAUGGAGAAUCCGGCUUGGUACACGCAGUACACGCCUUACCAAGCUGAGAUAUCUCAAGGGCGGCUAGAGUCCUUGCUUAACUUCCAGACAUUGAUCACAGACCUCACUGGAUUACCAAUGUCGAAUGCUUCAUUGCUUGAUGAGGCGACUGCUGCUGCAGAAGCAAUGGCUAUGUGUAAUAACAUUCUAAAGGGAAAGAAGAAAACUUUUAUCAUUGCCAGCAACUGUCACCCCCAAACAAUUGAUAUUUGUAAGACAAGGGCUGAUGGGUUCGACCUCAGAGUAGUUACUGCCGAUCUGAAGGACAUCGACUACAAGUCAGGAGAUGUUUGUGGCGUUCUGGUUCAGUACCCUGGUACUGAAGGAGAAGUGUUGGACUAUGCAGAGUUUGUGAAGAAUGCGCACGCUCAUGGGGUUAAAGUGGUUAUGGCGAGCGACCUGUUAGCUCUGACCAUGUUAAAGCCUCCUGGUGAAUUUGGGGCUGAUAUUGUUGUGGGUUCAGCCCAAAGAUUUGGUGUACCAAUGGGAUAUGGAGGUCCUCAUGCUGCAUUUUUGGCUACUUCUCAAGAGUACAAGAGACUGAUGCCAGGAAGGAUUAUAGGUGUUAGUGUUGAUUCUUCUGGAAAACCUGCUCUGCGUAUGGCGAUGCAAACUAGAGAGCAACAUAUCCGCAGAGACAAGGCUACUAGCAACAUAUGUACUGCUCAGGCAUUGCUUGCAAACAUGGCUGCUAUGUAUGCUGUUUAUCAUGGUCCCGAAGGCCUCAAGAUCAUUGCUCAGCGAGUCCAUGGUUUAGCAGGAGCAUUCGCUCUAGGUCUAAAGAAACUUGGGGUGGAAGUUCAGGAGCUUCCUUUCUUUGACACUGUGAAGAUUAAGUGUGCUGAUGCCAAUGCAAUUGCUGAUGCUGCUUACAAGAAUGAGAUCAAUUUGAGGAUUGUAGAUAAGCACACUAUUACUGUUGCAUUUGAUGAGACCACCACCUUGGAUGAUGUUGAUAAGCUUUUCAAAGUUUUUGCUUGCGGCAAGCCUGUCCCCUUUAGCACUGCAUCUCUUGCACCAGAGGUUCAGACUGCAGUCCCAUCCGGGCUGAUCCGAGAGAGUCCUAUCCUGACCCAUCCGAUUUUUAACACGUACCACACAGAGCAUGAGUUGCUUAGAUAUAUGCACAGAUUACAAUCAAAGGAUCUCUCCCUGUGCCACAGUAUGAUUCCAUUGGGAUCUUGUACAAUGAAAUUGAAUGCUACCACUGAGAUGAUGCCGGUGACUUGGCCUGGAUUCACUGACAUUCACCCUUUUGCCCCGACUGAGCAAGCUCAAGGUUAUCAGGAAAUGUUCACAGAUUUAGGUGACCUGCUCUGUGCCAUCACUGGGUUUGAUUCUUUCUCCUUGCAACCUAAUGCUGGUGCUGCCGGAGAGUACGCAGGGCUCAUGGUCAUCCGUGCAUAUCACAUGGCAAGAGGCGACCAUCACCGUGAUGUGUGUAUUAUACCUGUCUCAGCUCAUGGGACAAAUCCAGCAAGUGCUGCGAUGUGCGGCAUGAAAAUAGUUGCUGUAGGAACCGAUGCCAAGGGCAAUAUCAACAUUGAAGAGUUGAGGAAGGCUGCUGAAGCAAAUAGGGAUAACUUGUCAGCCCUCAUGGUUACUUAUCCUUCCACUCAUGGUGUGUAUGAGGAAGGCAUUGAUGAGAUAUGUAAAAUUAUUCAUGACAAUGGAGGUCAAGUGUACAUGGAUGGGGCUAACAUGAACGCACAGGUGGGUUUGACAAACCCCGGGUUUAUUGGAGCUGAUGUUUGCCAUCUCAACCUGCACAAGACAUUCUGCAUUCCUCAUGGAGGUGGUGGUCCUGGGAUGGGCCCUAUUGGCGUAAAGAAACACCUGGCACCAUUUUUGCCUUCACAUCCUGUUGUACCAACAGGUGGUAUACCCGCCCCAGACCAGACCAACCCGCUUGGCACAAUUUCUGCUGCACCAUGGGGCUCUGCAUUAAUCUUACCAAUCUCCUACACUUACAUUGCCAUGAUGGGAUCUAAGGGUCUUACUGAAGCAUCAAAGAUUGCUAUUUUAAAUGCAAACUAUAUGGCAAAGCGCUUGGAGAGCUACUACCCGGUAUUGUUCCGUGGAGUCAAUGGAACAGUUGCUCAUGAGUUCAUUGUUGACCUAAGAGGCUUUAAGAAUACUGCUGGAAUUGAGCCUGAAGAUGUCGCCAAACGUCUUAUGGACUAUGGAUUCCAUGCGCCAACCAUGUCAUGGCCCGUACCUGGCACGCUCAUGAUUGAACCCACUGAAAGUGAAAGCAAGGCUGAGUUGGACAGAUUUUGUGAUGCUAUGAUCUCGAUUAGGGAAGAAAUUGCAGAGAUCGAAAAGGGCAAAGCUGAUAUCCACAAUAAUGUCUUGAAGGGAGCCCCUCAUCCACCAUCAUUGCUCAUGGGAGAUGCAUGGACCAAGCCAUAUUCUCGGGACUAUGCAGCUUUCCCUGCUUCCUGGCUCCGUACUUCCAAGUUCUGGCCAAGUACAGGACGUGUUGACAAUGUCUAUGGAGACCGCAACCUUGUCUGCACGCUUCUCCCAGCAUCACAUUACACCGAAGAGCAGGCUGCAGCCACUGCCUAGAAACUCGGCCCUCGUGUGCAGUCCGCAAAAUUUCUUUGAAACCCAGAAAAGCCAGGUUGAAAAGGCUAAAAAGCCAGACAAAAAAAAAAGAAAGAAAAGGACUCCUUGUAUAUAAACUUCUCAUGCCCUCAUCUGCUUCUACUUCUAUUUAGUUGUUAUUGAUGGCGAUGAUGAUGAUGAUAAUUCGAUACAUUCUCAAUAACAGUCGUUGCUACUUGUAAGUUAA